AACAAAUUUCUGAAGAAACUUGAAGUGGGUUUGUGUUUGUGUGCUCAAAUUCUCAAAUUUCCCCAAUUCUCAUACAGAGAAUGUGAAGAAUCGGAGAGAAUUAGCGGCGAUGUUUCAAUCUUCUCGCCGGACUCGUUCUUUCUCUUCUUCUUCUUCUUCUUCUUCCUCCUCCUCCUCCUCCUCCUCCUCCUCUCGCGGUUCUUACUAUUUUCCCGAUGACUCUCCGCUCUCCGCCGCCACUCCGAUCCGAUCAUUCUCCGGCAGCAUUCCCUUUUCCUGGGAGUAUUUACCCGGGAUCCCCAAGAAACAGUCUCCAGCGAGGCUUCGACUAGAUUCCGCCUCUCCUCUGACCUCCCUCCUCCCCUUGCCUCCCAUUUCCACCACUCUGCCGUCCUCCAAGCGCUUCGGAUUUCACGACUGGAGGAAAUCAAACCGCCAAAAUUCGCAGCGAGAUCCUUUCUUCGACGCCUUCGUCGAGUGCUCCAAAGAACCUUCCGCCGCCACCGCUGCUGAGCAAGACCCGACUGCCGAGCUCUGGAACAGCGGCAGCAAUGGCAAAGCGGUUUCAAGAAGCCUGAGCGACCGAUUGGGAUUCCUGAAUCCGUACUCUUCUUGCAAACGAACCUGCGGCGUUUCGGAAUCCAUCGUGUAUCGUCCGAGAAGGGGGAGGAGUUCGUUCGAUCUGCUAAACCACCGCAACGGUGGGUAAAAUGCGGCCAUAGCCUCCGCCGCAGAGGGGCGUUAUUGGAUGGUUGAAUUACACGUUUGUUUAGUUUAAUUAAUGUGUGUGUUUGUUGAAGUGAUGGGUUAAAUCGGAAAUGGAUAAUGAAAUGGGGUUUGUUUAAUUGUUAAAUUGGGUUAGAACGCUGGAAUUGUUUGUGAAUUACGUGAAAUUAGGAGUUGAAAUCAGUGUGUUGUUUGUUAUGUGUAUUAUUUAUUUCUCUUAUAAUUAAUUGUUCGUUUACAUGUGACGCCUUCCCACUA